UUCAUAUGCUCCUCCUACUGGUUUGUUUUCAGAUCAAAAGCCAAGGGUUGGGGUUUAGAUUGUAGAGAGAGAAAGGAAGUAGGAAGAGAGAGAAAGGAAGUAGGAAGAGAGAGAAAGGAAGAUGGCGUUGGUUUCUUCGUCCCUCUCUCUAACGGCUACAGCUACAGCUGCUGCUGCCUCUUCUUCAUCGAGCACCUCAACCGUCGAUGCAGGGAGGCAACAGUUUGUGAUGGGGGGAAGGCCAACUCAGUCCUCGAGGAGCUCAUCAGGGUCCCUCAGGAAAUCUCCAUUUGUUGUGAGAGCUGCUUCUACUCCACCUGUGAAGCAAGGAGCAGACAGGCAGCUAUGGUUCGCAUCUAAGCAGAGCCUUUCUUACUUGGAUGGCAGCCUCCCCGGUGACUAUGGCUUCGACCCCCUCGGCCUCUCGGACCCAGAGGGCACCGGCGGCUUCAUCGAGCCCAAAUGGCUGGCCUACGGCGAGGUCAUCAACGGCCGCUACGCCAUGCUCGGGGCCAUCGGCGCCAUCGCCCCGGAGAUCCUCGGCAAGGCCGGCCUCAUCCCCCCCGAGACCGCCCUCCCAUGGUUCAAAACCGGCGUGAUCCCGCCCGCCGGGACCUACAACUACUGGGCCGACCCCUUCACCCUCUUCGUCUUCGAAAUGGCCCUCAUGGGCUUCGCGGAGCACCGGAGGUUCCAAGACUGGUAUAACCCUGGCUCCAUGGGAAAACAGUAUUUCUUAGGGUUGGAGAAGUGGCUUGGGGGAUCGGGUGAGCCGGCGUAUCCUGGCGGUCCGAUUUUCAAUCCAUUGGGCUUGGCAAAUGAUGAGAAGAGCAAGAAGGAGAUGAGGUUGAAGGAGGUGAAGAAUGGGAGGCUGGCAAUGCUGGCGAUUGUGGGGUAUUUUGUGCAAGGGUUGGUGACUGGGGUGGGGCCUUACCAGAACUUGUUAGACCACUUGUCUGACCCUCUCAAUAACAACAUUCUCACUAGCCUCAAGUUCCACUAGACCCUACCCUUCUCUUCUCUGCUCUCUAUCUCUAUCUCUAUCUCUCUCUCUUGACAUUCUUGGGAUGAAAGUUUACUUAUAUAUAUAAGUGGGACUGCCUUUUGUUGUCUAUGGACACUGAUGUCAAUGUGAAUUAAGUGUUCUGGUAAAAAAUAGUCUCUCUCUCUAUAUGUGAAUUAAGAGCAAUAGUCACAAAGUCUCUCUUUUUCCCCCCCUCUCUCUCUCUAUGUGAAUUAAGAGCUAUGGUCACAAAGUGUCUCUUUCUCUUUCUCUCUCUCUCAUUGUAGUGUAUUUAUGUAAUGUAUGAACUAAGAAAAUGUGAAUUGCAAAAGGUCAGACUCCCUCCCUCU